AUGCGGUCAAGCGACCCCUUUGCCAGUGAGGCAGACGACUAUAGUCGGUUUGGAAGUGCGACAAGUCAGCUACCUGAUUUCAAUCAGCGCAGUGCUUCUUACGGCUAUUCGGUUUCUCGGGCACCACCAGAUCCGCCACGCUAUUCACAGGUCGUCAUGCCCCAACAUGAAUUUAUACGGCCGUGGUACGACGUAAGAGGAUGGUCUUUGCGAAAAAAGUUGAUUGUCGCGGCGUGUAUUGUGGUCGUCAUUGUGGCCAUUAUCGUUGGGGCUGUUGAAGGGGUCAAGGCAACCGAGUAUCCUAAUUACUCUCAACUUAACUAUACCCUGGUUGACACAUAUUCGGGCUCAUCUUUCUUUGACAAUUUCGAGUACUAUACAGCAACCGAUCCAACUGAUGGUUUUGUGCAAUAUGUCGAUUCCCAGACAGCAUCUCAAAUGAAUCUAACCUAUGCGUCUGACUCAUCCGUUGUCAUAAAAGUUGACACCGACACUCAAAAUCAGACAAGCGGGCGAAAAUCGGUUCGCAUCACCUCAACAAAUACAUAUGACAGCGGACUCUUCGUCUUCGACGUUGUCCACACUCCCUAUGGAUGUGCAACCUGGCCAGCACUUUGGCUUACCGAUCCCUCGAAUUGGCCUGAAAAUGGCGAGAUCGAUGUCAUGGAAUCAAAUAACAAAGCAACCCACGGAAAUGAGAUGACAUUACAUACAACGAGCGGUUGCAAAAUGAAUGCCAAACGCAAGGAGACCGGCACAGCUAAAUACACCAACUGUCUUAAUACAGCAAAUGACAAUUCUGGUUGCGGAGUGCAGGGCAACGCGGCCACUUCUGGUGAGAAGUUCAAUGAAAACGGUGGUGGAGUGUACGCCAUGGAAUUACGGGACGCGGGAAUCCGGGUCUGGAUGUUCGCACGAGAUGAUAUUCCAUCCGAUAUCUCAAAUUCAAGCAGUACCCCGGACCCAUCGACAUGGGGUGAAGCGUUAGCCGACUUCCCAAGUACAAACUGCGAUAUCAGCUCUCACUUUCGCAAUCAAAGUAUCAUCGCCAACAUCGACAUUUGUGGCGACCUUGCAGGUGCUUCCGCUUAUUACACUAGUCUCUACGACUGCCCAGAGACAUGUACCCAAUGGGCGGCGGAAAAUGGAGCCAACUUCACAAACGCUUACUGGGAGUUUAAUAGUUUCAAAGUAUAUCAAGCGUCAUAA